AUGUUGAUCAAGGUGCGAACACUGACGGGCAAGGAGAUUGAGCUCGAUAUCGAGUUGGACUACAAGGUAUCGCAGAUUAAGGAAAAGGUGGAGGAGAAAGAGGGCAUCCCCCCGGUGCAGCAACGUCUCAUCCACGGCGGCAAGCAAAUGACCGAUGACAAGACGGCGUCCGAGUACAACCUCGUUGCUGGCGAUACGCUGCAUCUGGUCCUCGCCCUUAGGGGGGGCCGGUGA